AUGCUGACCUUGGCCAAGGAGAAGACAGUUAAAGAGUUGACGGAGGCCAUGGGGCUUUGCAGGAUACCAGUGCUGCUGGCCAGCCUUCUGUUUCUGAUCUCCUUGCAAAGGCUGGCUGUGUUCCACCUUAUGACAGAUAUGGCUCUGCAUUCCUUUGAUGACCAGUAUCUGGGGUGCAGAGAGCAGGAUGAAGAACUGGAGCGAGAAGACUAUUUCCAAAAGGAAAUAGCUGCUAACAAGGACUAUUUGAUUCUCUGGAAGAAGGCUCAGGAAGCUUUGUUACAAAGCCCAGUAGGUCUCCUGAUGGAGAUGCAUGAGAGCCAUGCCAUAGUCCUCAUGGCUUACACCAUGAACUCUUCCCUGCACUCUCAGCUGAACUGGGCCACAUCUACAGCAGGAAGCUCUCCAGAGCACUACAGCAACUUCAGUUUCAAAUAUUUUCACUUUUACCUAACAACUGCUAUCGAGAUAAUGAAGCAAUGGCAGAGCAGCAAGGAGAGCGUGGGGAAACGUAAGUGCUACCGGGUGCACAGGGGUGUGAAAGACUUACAUGUCGAGGCAAUGGUAGGCAGCAUGGUGCGAUUUGGCCGUUUCACCUCUACCUCUCGCCUCUGGAAUGAAGCCCAGAAGUUUGGGAAUUAAACUUUGUUCACAGUGACCACUUGCCUGGGAAUAGCUGUACAAGGCUUUUCUUACUACACAUCAGAGAAGGAAGUCCUCAUUCCCCCUUACAAGGUCUUUCUCAUCAAAAGCUUCUUUCAGACACAGCACGGUAACCGGCUGCAUUCUGUGGGGAACUACAGCAAGUACCACUGCCAGCUCGUGGAAGCUUCAAGAAGCAAGAACAGUGGUUCCACUGCCCUCGACUCUGCUGUUCUUCCCAGUGUAGUUGGAGUUUUCAUGUACUUAGCCCAUAAUUACUGA